AUGACGCGUCAACUCUUCGUGUUGGUUCUGAUGGCUAAACUGGUCUUCGCAGAUGUUUUUCUACAACCUGUUUUGACGGGUGAAAGUGGAGAACAGUAUAUCGAAUUCGAAGACAAGAAAUAUCCCCUCCAAGACGGUUCCAACUCCACAGUGACCUUUCAGUCAGGCGACUGUAUAGUUACCCUGGACCUGAGCCUAAAGACCGACUCCGAAUAUAAAGACCAUCGUCAGGGCAGUCGAAUUUGCAAACACACGAUGAACGAAAUCACGGACAAAGCGUCGCAGUGCUAUGUCAAAAAACAACUGGAAAAAAAGCGAAAGACUGAUCGGGUUGUUUAG